UGUAAGGUGGCAACAAUAUUAAUUCCCGCCCUUCGAAUUUCUCAUAUUGUGUCGUUUUUGUAGACGUGCAGACACUCGGCCAUCCUUUUCCGGUCUCACACACGGAACGCCAAGCUAAACCAUAGAAGCCGAAAUGUCUGACGCCGGACAGGAUGAUGUUCCCUCUGCGGCACCCGUUGCCGGAGGACCCAUGGAUGUCAACACAGCUCUCCAAGAAGUCCUGAAAAACUCCCUCAUCCAUGACGGUCUGGCCCAUGGUCUUCAUGAGGCUGCCAAAGCUCUGGACAAGCGACAGGCUCUUCUGUGCCUUCUUGCUGACAACUGCGACCAGCCUGCCUACAAGAAGUUAGUUGAGGCUCUGUGCAAUGAGCACCAGAUUCCCAUCAUUAAAGUAGAAGACAACAAGAAGCUUGGAGAGUGGGCUGGUCUCUGCAAGAUUGACAACACAGGCAAGCCCAGGAAAAUUGUUGGGUGCUCCUGCGUUGUAGUUAAGGAUUACGGUGAAGAGUCUGCUGCUCUUGAUGUUGUUAAGGAAUAUGUUGGUGCUCUUGCGUCAGCGUAAUUGCUUACCUUUGUAUAAUAAAAAAUUUUAAAAAUUAAAAAAAAUAAUAAAAUGCAUAGUUUUUUUCCAAUA